UUGUAUGAACAGCAGCCAUGGCAUGAGGGUCUUGGGCAGUAGCGAAGUCACCAACCAAACCAACAGCUUUACGAAUAACUUCACUAACAUCCUUCUUCCAGCCUUCAAAAAUCCAUGCAUUCCUUCGAAGCCAAAUCCCCCAUAAUAAACUCCAAAAAACAUCCCACCACAUCGAGUCUUUGUGACUCUUUCGCACAGACACACACCAUUCACCAAAAGUAUCCCCAUCAAAAUUCUCCACCUCCAAGCGCAGCGGGGAAAGAUACCAAAGAAGUUUAGCAUCUUUACAUGACACGGGCAUAUGCAACACACUCUCGACCUCAGGACAAAUCGGGUCAACAGACAUACCUCUUAUCACCAAAGUCUGUUGAGCAGCAACCGCCCCUUUAAUAGCACGCCACGCUCUGCCCUGCCUAUUCCUUCCUCAUGUCCUGCCUAUCUCUCCCCUCUCAUGAAAAAAAAAACAUAUGAUGGCUUCUGAACUUAGGGAGCAUAUUAUCAAAAUGGAAGUUGAAAAAAAGGAGGAUGAGUUGAUUUUUCAAAAACUGUACACCCUCCUCCUUCCUAGUACAAACUACCAAGUGGUUCAAUUAAGAUUUUUUGAGCUAGCGGAUGAUUUGGAGAAAGUCAAUUCUAUCAAUUGGUCUCAAGUUGUACUUAACAUCUACACAAGGCUUUGACCGACUCCAAAUCCUCUUUGAGUGAGAAUGGUAAAAAUCACCGUGUCUUCAAUGGUUGUUCCCCCAUUUUGGACGUUGUUUUUGAGAGGAUUUCAUGCAUUCGUCCUACUGAACAAAGUCAAUACAGUCUUCCCCUUAAGAAGUACUUUACUAGAAGGAUCGAUGUUUGGAAUCUGAAACAUUUGACUGCUGAUAAAAUAUUAUCCUGCGACGUAUGUCAACCUCCUCCCGCUCAUCCUUUGAUGCCACCUCGUGUGGAGAUGCCAUCACCGGUGGAGAAUGAGGCUGGUCAAUCACAUUGUUUCAAUAUGGUAUGUCCUGGAUUUGUUAAUGUUAACCAUGAAUUUCCUGUUCACGUCGUGCUUGAACCAAUGUCAAAAAGAGGAGGCGUCGUACGUACACGGUACUUCAGUAUAUUUAAGGAUCCGAAAGAUGGAAAUUGGUGGCUUAUAACAGGGUAUAUGAAAACCGUACAAGGGUUUUUGGCUGGGAAAGAUAUUGAAUGGAUUGGCAAAUUCAGCAACAUUUGUUUCAUUUGGUGGAGAAGCAUAUCGCCCCGUCGAUCAACCUUUACCACCUAUGGGAAAUGGUUACAGAGGUAUCGCUGAUUUAUUAUAUGCCGCUCUUA